UGUUUGAGCUCCGUCAUUGGGGCGGCGUAUUAAGAAGAAGCCAGAGUGGGAGUUGUUAUUGCAGCAUUUGUGGUAACAUUUAAACAUUUAAGGCUCUCUGAUGUUUGGCCCUGCUGCUGUACUUCAAGUUGUAACCUUGUUUGCUGUGAUCUUUCACUCAUCCGGAUCACACCACCAUAUUUGGAUUCUCAGAGAAACUUGACCCUGCAAAUAUUAAGCUUCCUGGAUUAAACUACAGUGUGACAAAGAAAGAGAGAAGAAGAAGAAGGAAGACAUAGUUGCAAUACAUCAAUGUAAAUAUGAUGUAAUUUGCAUGGUGAACUCUUUCCUCUGUACUGUACACAAAUCAGUGUUACAGCUGGUCCAAGUCAUGGCUACCAUCCACCAGCAGACCACCGAGGUGGUGACAGUCACCAGGGCUUUUCAAAACUCUAGCCAAUGGAGCACCGACCUCUGUGACUGCUGCUCUGAUAUGGACACCUGUUGCUGCGGCUUUUGGUGCUUCCCCUGCAUGCAGUGCAUGACAGUUAGUAAACAUGGAUGGUGCUGCUGCGCACCACUCCUGGAUAUUUGCGGCGUGGUGUCCUGCUUACUCCGCCAGUCCAUCAGAGAGCAACACAACAUCGAAGGUUCUGGCUGUGAGGACUGGUGCACAGUACUUUUCUGUUACCCCUGUGCCUGGUGCCAGAUGCAUCGUGAGCAGAAGAUCAGGGAGAACCAGCCCGCCAGCGCAACUGUGAUCACCACACAGGUCAUUCGUGGAUAUGGUACAACCAGUUUGGCUGUUGGCUAAGGGCUUAUGUCACCGCUGAAGCCAUAUUUUUUUUACUUUUGCUGACUUAUUAAUGUGCUGAAUGGUAUAUGAGGAAAGGUUUGUGUCUGGCCAUAAAAAUACUUUUUCACACAAUAUUGUGGCUGUUAUUGUAAUAGUUUUCUUCUACAGAGCUGAGUUUAACCAGUGUUCAAAUAAAAACUAUUCAAAUUCACUAUUGUGAUAUGACAGUGAUAAGGACAUCGUAAGUAAGACCUUCCAUACUUCUCUUUAUAUACUCAUAGUAAAUGUACUGUACAGUGGGUGAUGGUCAUUAUCCAUUGCUUGUUUUGAUGCACUUCCCAAUCACACAACACUUUAGAGCAGCGGUCUCCAACCUUUUUUGCGCCACGGACCGGUUUAUGCCCGACAAUAUUUUCACGGACCGGCCUUUAAGGUGUCGGGGAUAAAUACAACAAAAUAAAACUAGUACCGGUACUGAAAAAAGAAGAUUUAUUCAUAACACACGUGAAAAGACCCAGGAAAACCGAGUAAACGAUAAAAACGAUAACAAAAUAACGCUGAAAACCCUGAAAACCAUACAUUUCACACCUGAGCCUCAACUCUCGCGGCCCGGUACCAAACGAUUCACGGACCGGUACCGGUCCGAGGCCCGGGGGUUGGGGACCGCUGUUUUAGAGUAUUGGAUGAAACUGCUUUGUGCUUAUUCUUUGACAGCUAUUACAUCUAUCUUUGUGUUCCUGCCAUCAUCAGUAUAAACAAGGUGACUUCCAUCCACAAACUCAUGAUUGUAGUUAGUUUCAGCACUUCACUGUAACGUGAUUCCUUCUACUUUCUUUUUCUCAUUAUUGGUCCUGAAUAUAAAGUAAUGAGGGCUGGGUCAAGACAUCUGCACACUACUGUAUCUGUUUUAUUUGAAAGUUGAAAUUAAUAAACUGAUUAAAUGAUUCAAAGUG